GAAGUGGAGGAGAAGGUGCGUGCUGUCAGAACAGGAGAGGCUGCAGCUUGUGGGCCAGUAAAGCACACAGUUAUGUAUGGAAAGCAUGAUAGCAAGAAGCCAAUAUAUCGCUGCAUUGAAUGCAAUGAGGAGUCCAAUGAACUGUACAGAGAUUACAAACAUGGAGUACUUAAGAUUACUAUCUGUAAAUCCUGCCAAAAACCAGUGGACAAGUACAUAGAAUAUGAUCCAGUCAUUAUACUGAUUAAUGCCAUGCUAUGCAAAGCACAAGCAUACAGACACAUCCUGUUUAAUGCAAAGAUCAAUAUUCAUGGCAAACUCUGUAUGUUUUGUCUACUCUGUGAAGCUUACACUAGAUGGCGACAGCUGCCUGGAUCCAGCAAUCACACAGAUCCUGAAGAUUUCAUUAGAUAUGCAAAAGAAUGGGAUUUCUACAGAAUGUUUGGAAUAGCUGCUUUGGAACAGGCAGCCUACCUCACGGGAAUCUUCAUUGUUCUGUUUUCGGCUAUGCUGAAGCCUUUGAAGUCAGGUUCUGAAUUUGCUCUUCUUUUUAAAGCUCUGUUGUUAUCCAGCUAUGGGAAGCUCCUGCUGAUUCCAGCGGUCAUUUGGGAACAUGACUACACUCCUUUGUGUCUAAGGCUUAUCACUCUGUUUGUGCUGACUUCAAACACCCAGGCAAUCCGAGGUAAUACAUAUCAUUUUUGUUUUUAA